AUGGCAGAAGUGAAGCUACACGGAUUCUGGUCUAGUCCUUUUAGUCAUAGAGUGAUUUGGGCAUUGAAAAUCAAAGGUGUGGACUAUGAAUACAUAGAGGAAGACCUUUAUAACAAGAGUGAACAGCUGUUGAAGUACAAUCCUGUUUACAAGAAGAUCCCUGUCCUUGUCCAUGGCGGCAAGCCAAUAGCUGAGUCCCCCGUCAUCCUUGAGUACAUCGAAGAAACCUGGCCGGAGAAUCCAUUGCUCCCAAGUGAUCCUUAUGAGAGAGCCAUGGCUCGAUUUUGGAUUCAAUUCUUAGAAGACAAGGGUCCUGUUUUCCGUGCAUUGCUUCUAUCAACCGGUGGAGAGGAGCAAGAGAAAGCAGCAAAGGAAUCGUUGGAAGUGCUGAAAAUUAUAGAAGAGAAAGCUCUUGGGGACAAGAAGUUUUUCGGUACUAAUACCAUUAAUUUAGUGGACAUCUCCUACGGAGUGCUGACCUAUUGGCUCAAGAACAUGCAAGAAGCAAUCGGCGUUAAGGUGCUGGAACCAAACACCUUACCUCGACUGUAUGAAUGGGCUCAAAAUUUCGUGGAAGUUGCUGUCAUCAAAGAAACAAUCCCUGAUCGUGACAAAAUGGUGGCUUAUCUGAGAGGCCUGAGGGAGAAGAUUGUUGCUGAACAGUCUAACAAAUAGCAUAAAAAAGCUUCAUACUAGCGAGCCUUCUGGAAAAUUGAUUUUCCUAUACUUGGCAGCUUGGGAUGAUUAUCUAAAGCUAUAUAUAUAUAUUUGUAAUCUGCUUAGUUAUGCUAUGUUGUAUUAAUUAAGCAUGAAAUAAUUGAA